AUGUCCACCGGUGAAGUCGCUUGCAUCUAUGCCGCCGUGAUUCUUCAGGACGAUGGCAUCCCAAUCACAGCAGAGAACAUUGCUACCUUGAUGAAAUCUGCAAACGUGGCAGUAGAAUCAUACUGGCCACGCCUCUUAGCCAACUUUGCGGAGAAGAUGAACCUUGAGGACCUUAUUAUGAAUGCUGUUGGUUCGGCUCCAGCUCCAGUAGCUAUGGCUGCUCCUGAUGUUGGUGCUGCUACUCCUGCAGUUGAGGAAAAGAAGGAAGAACCAGAGGAAGAAAGCGAUGACGACAGGAUAAUCGACUUGUUUAGUUAAACUUAAACUCAUAUCAGAACAAACUUAGAAGCUCAUAUCUUGAUUUAAGCGAUUUUAUCUUCAUGAUUAGAUUAAAUUUAGGCAAUUUAAGACACUGAAGUUCAAAGUUCUGUAACUUUUCCUAAUGUUUAAUUGAUGUCUCUUUUAUUUGUCAACUAAAAAAUUUCUCUGCGGCUACCUUUGACAGCUGAGGUAGGAACUGUUUACUGAGAAGUCGAUCUUCAUAUAUUAGCCUCUAUUGGCCUAACAAACCAUUGCCCUAUAGAUGGAGCCUUGUUGAUACACU